CGGUUAGCCCCCCACCCCGAGCCCCACCCACCGAACCCCGCCCGCGCCGGGAGCAUCUCGCGUCCCCAGCGGGCCCCCGAGUCGGUUUCCGCGGUGGCCAUGACUGCGGCCGUAUUCUUCGGCUGCGCCUUCAUUGCCUUCGGGCCUGCGCUCGCCCUUUAUGUCUUCACCAUCGCCACCGAGCCGUUGCGUAUCAUCUUCCUCAUCGCCGGAGCUUUCUUCUGGUUGGUGUCUCUACUGAUUUCGUCCCUCGUUUGGUUCAUGGCAAGAGUCAUUACUGACAACAAAGAUGGACCAACACAGAAAUAUCUGCUGAUCUUUGGAGCGUUUGUCUCCGUCUAUAUCCAAGAAAUGUUCCGAUUUGCAUAUUACAGACUCUUAAAAAAAGCCAGUGAGGGUUUGAAGAGUAUAAACCCAGGUGAGACAGCGCCCUCUAUGCGACUGCUGGCCUAUGUUUCUGGCUUGGGCUUUGGAAUCAUGAGUGGAGUAUUUUCCUUUGUGAAUACCCUAUCUGACUCCUUGGGGCCAGGCACGGUGGGCAUUCAUGGAGAUUCUCCUCAAUUCUUCCUUUAUUCAGCUUUCAUGACGCUGGUCAUCAUCUUGCUGCAUGUGUUCUGGGGCAUUAUAUUUUUUGAUGGCUGUGAGAAGAAAAAGUGGGGCAUCCUCCUUAUCGUUCUCCUGACCCACCUGCUGGUGUCAGCCCAGACCUUCAUAAGUUCUUAUUAUGGAAUAAACCUGGUGUCAGCAUUUAUAAUCCUGGUGCUCAUGGGCUCCUGGGCAUUCUUUGUUGCGGGAGGCAGCUGCCGAAGCCUGAAACUCUGCCUACUCUGCCAAGACAAGGACUUUCUUCUUUACAACCAGCGCUCCAGAUAACCUCUGGGAACCAGCACUUCCCAAACCGCAGACUACAUCUUUAGAGGAAGCACAACUGUGCCUUUUUCUGAAAAUCCCUUUUUCUGGUGGAAUUGAGAAAGAAAGAAAACUAUCCAGAUAUGAGUUCCAUUCA